GUACGCAGAUUCCUUCCAACGCUACAAUCACGCCAUUUCAUAGUAUGUGUUACGCGCCAACACCUGCAAAGAACAUCACGCAUUUCUAUACGGACGACUACAUGGGUGAAUGGGCCCAGCCAUUCUGGGGAAAUCCUGGGCGACAGGACUUGGAUGUCAUACGUUCUCUGAAUGUGGACGCUCUGCGGCUGUACGGGAACGAUCCCCGCCUGAACCACGUGCCGUUUCUGAACCGGGCUUAUGAGCUAGGCCUCGGUGUAGUCGUCGCCAUCUCGGACUACCCCUACACGCAGGAUCCGACGGGAAAGUGCGCGGCUGAUUUGCCAUAUGACUGCUUCAAGGAAGUGAGGUCCCAGUAUUCUGAUAUGUUGCGAAAUGGCUUCGCAACUAAGUCUGCAGAUGGACGAAUGUACUACCAUCCCAGCAUCAAGGCGGUGAUCCUCAUCAAUGAGCCUGAACUGAAGAUCACCUACAACAAGACCAUUGCCAAGGAAUCAUGGAGUGAAGG